AUGACAAAAGUGAAGCCGUGCUGGUUGGAGAAUGCGUGCCAGACUCGAGACCAUACCAAUCACCUGAGAGCCGAAUACCUAACCGAAGGCUCCGUGUUCAGUGCGAUCUCGUCAUUCUUCUUCCUAAAGGUGGAAGACAACCCACCUUCAACAUCCGCCGAAUUGAAACCAUUGGCCACCAAGACAAUCGCAAAACUGCGCGAGGAGUGUAGUCGCAAGACCAUCGCUAAAAUCGCCCAGGACCUGGUCUCAGACUUGCCGUCUCUAGAAGAAGACUCUGGGGAAGAAGCAUAUUGA